AUGCAAGUGAAGUUUUGGAUCCUGCUGAUCUGGGCAGCACCACGCAGUGUUGCAUCCGAAUUCUGCGAUAAUGGAACUGGGGAGUGCAAGGAUCUGAGUGCCACUGACUGCCCGGCGGUGUUCUUCAACCUGGCCCUGAUCGGAAGACUUGUGAAAUUUUGCGACGAGUUCAACGACGUUGUUUGCUGUCCCCUGCCCCUCGAUAGGCAAGCUCAAUCGCAGCAGUUCUCCGCAGAUACGGGCCUCAGGAGAUUCGAAAAGGAAUGCCGUCGCUACAACGAGAUAAGAGCUUCCUGCCGCGCCACCCCCUUCAUUGUGGGUGGAGCCAAGGCCGCUGGCCGGGAAUUCCCCUUCAUGGCGCUGCUGGGUCAGCGUGGGAAGAGCUCCUCCCAAAUCGAGUGGGACUGCGGGGCCACCAUCAUCCAUCCCAAGUUCGUGCUGACCGCCGCCCACUGCCUGGAAACCAGCGAGACCAAGGAGCAGCGUCUGGAUCCCAACUACGAUUGCCCCAAGUACGUGGUUAGAGUGGGCGAACUGGACUACCUGAGCACCACGGAUGACGCACAGCCGCAGGACUUCCGGGUGGUCAACUAUGUGGUGCAUCCGGCGUACGGCGAGGACGAUGACACGGGCAGUCGCAGGAACGACAUUGCCGUGGUGGAGCUGGAGAGGGAGGCGACCUUCAGCGAGUAUGUGGCGCCUGCCUGCCUGCCCCUCGACGGCGGAAAUGAGCACCUGCAGGUGACAGCCGCCGGAUGGGGCGCCACCUCGGAGGCAGGACACUCCUCGUCGCAUCUGCUCAAGGUGAUCCUGCAGAGAUUCGACGUGCCCCAAUGCAGCCAGCGGCUGGAGCUCAAGAUCGACGUGCGCACCCAGCUGUGCGCGGGAUCGCGGAACACCAGUGCGGAUACUUGUUAUGGCGACUCGGGCGGCCCGGUCUUCGUGCAGCACCCCACAUACUCCUGCCUGAAGCAGGUGAUUGGCAUCACCUCGUAUGGACGGGUCUGCGGCGUCCAGGGAUUGCCCAGUGUGUACACCAAGGUCCAUCUGUACACCGACUGGAUCGAGAACAUCGUGUGGGGCGAGUAGGCGGCCAAAUGUUUGCGCAGCUCAUUCGCAGCUUCCACUGACAGGUGCCAACUUCUGUUUGGACUUCUACUUAAUGGAGAUUCGAUGCGAAUGAAGAUAUUUAAUGAAUAUACAUUCUAGCCAGUCGCCUGCUAAUUUGCCCAGACAUUCAAUCAAGAUAUGCAGUGAUUGGUUGCAAGUAAACGUGUGGAUCAUUGGAUCAUAAAUAUUUAUGGUGAGUUAU